CUGUCAGGUCUGGAUCCAGAGGUUAUGAAAAUAUUUACCACAGAAGUGAGCAAGACUGCAACCCAGGCAACUGCACACUCUGGAAUAGCAGAUCUUCUCCCAGGAGCCCAAAUUGAUGACUACCUGUUUGAGCCUUGUGGUUACAGUAUGAAUGGAAUCUUGCCAGAUGCACGUUACAUAACUAUCCACAUAACACCUGAACCUGAGUGUUCAUAUGUCAGCUUUGAAACUAAUGUACCUCAGGCUGACUAUCAUGAUUUGAUCAUGCAUGUUCUCAACUGCUUCAAACCUAGGAAGUUCCUGUUGACAGUCUUUGCCAAUAAGGCUUCUAAAGCUGCCGGAGUCCACAAAGAUAUGCAGUGUGAGAAGUGGGAUGAGUUUGCAGGCUUUUCAAGAGUGGAUAACCAGCUGUGCAUGUUCAAGAAUUACGCUCUCACCUAUGCCCAUUUUGCCCGUGAUCCUUUCUAGGGACUCGCCUUGCCUCAACAAUUACAACUGCAAUACAUCAAAAAUUGUUUGAGGCAGUAUAUCUUAAAUGAAAAUCAGCAAUCAUUUCAGUUAUUAUUUUGCACAACUCAAUAUAUUUCGUAUAAUUUUGUAGUGUUCAUUUGGAAAAGUAGAAAACGUAGACGCAAAAUGUGGAAGUUGUUUGUAUAUCUGGCCUUAAAACCUAGAUGAAAAUGUAAUAUAAGACAAUGUGGUAAAAGUCAACUUGCUGUUAUCAUGGUAACCAACACCAUGGCAAUGAUGGCACUAUGCCAACCAGCAGGGACCCAUCAAACUAUAGGUCAACAGGUACCAGGUUUGUAAUACCAACAUCUUCACUGGAUUUGGUCAGUGAAAACCUCUGCCAUGUUUUGAAGUAUCUGGGGUAGCGCUAACACUCACCAAUUUACCCAAAUGCUAAAACUGACUUAAAUUGGCUAAACAAAAA